AAUUGAUCAGCUGUCAAAACGCACCGAAUCAGGUUUGUUUUUCUUCCGUACGCGGUUCCACUCGAUUCUUGCGGAAAAACUUAUCGGCCCAAGCGGAUAACGAAGAUGAGGCUAAGUUUGCUUCGCUUUGCGCGGCUCAACCCGUCCGUGAAGGAGCUCCGGCUGCAUCUCUGCCAGACUGGCGAAGAAUCAAAGGGUGUACGCGAUUUCGUCAAUACUGGCUACGUGCAGUUGAAGCGGGAUAAUCCGACGCUACCGAUUUUGGUUCGCGAAUGCAGCGGCGUGCAACCUAGAGUCUGGGCCCGUUACGAGCUCGGGAAAGAAAAAUCCGUUACACUAACAAACGCCACAGCUGAGGACGUCUCGAAGCAUAUUGAAAUGUUGGGCAAGGCGCAAUAAAUGCACCCUCCUAUCUGGGGGCUAUCUAAAGAUGUUAGGAAAUUGAAUGUAACGAACAACUGUACAUGGAAUAAAACCUUUCCAAAGGCUAAAAUCAUCGCCGAACGGGAACUGAGGUCACACAGCUAUUGCUCUUAAAAAUAUUAUGUUGUUUUACGUUCUGACUAUUACAGCUUUCAGUGUAAUAACGUUAAAUUUAUUGAGAUAGGAAAAAGCUUUCCAACAUUUCAUUUCACGCUUGUUU